CAGCGCCGCGCAGCGCAGGAUGCCGUGCUGCGGUGGGUGAUGGCCGUGUGGGCUCGGCACGCCGCCCGCUGGGGCUGCCUGCUGAGCACAGCCCGUGCUGCUGCUCAGCUUCCUCGGCGGCUCGGGGUUGCCGCCUGCCCCGCACGGGCCUGCCCUGAGCUGGCCCGUCGGGCUGUGCCGCCCGCUGGAAGGGAGGCGGCUCUGUGCGGACUGCAGGGGCGCAGGCGGCUGUCCGCAGGGAGCUGCUCCCCGCCCGACAGCGCCAAGGAUGCGGCCUUCUCUGCUCCCGAAAGUAACCUGCCUUCAGUGCAACAGGAACAAGCAAAACCAGAAAUAUUACCUGAUCUGAAUGCAAAAAUACUGGACGAAGACUGGGAUGACAUCCCACCUUCAUCUGCUCUGGAAGUGAUUUCUGAGGAAGAAGCUGUACAGAUCAUUGCAGAACCACUUCUCCCCAUUCAGUCUUCCACGCUCCGAGAUUACGUUGAUCACUCAGAAACCCUUACAAAACUUGUCCACCUAGGAGUUGACUUAUCCCAAGUGGAGAAACGUCAAAAGGCAGGUCAGCUCUUACUGACCUUGGACUUUGAAAAAGAUGUAAAAAAAAUACUUCUGUUUCUUAAGGAUGUGGGUGUAGAAGACAAUCAACUAGGACCAUUCCUGACCAAAAAUCCAUACAUUCUUGGUGAAGAUCUGGAAGCUUUAGAAACCAGAGUGGCUUACCUAAAAUCAAAAAAAUUUGGUAAGUCAGAAAUUGCUCAGAUGGUCUCAAGAGCUCCAUAUUUGCUGUUGUUUUCAGUGGAAAGAUUGGAUAACAGACUGGGUUUCUUCAAAAAUGAACUUGGUCUCAGUGUAAAAAAGACAAAGGAUCUGGUAAUUCGUCUUCCAAGGCUACUGACUGGCAAAAUAGAGCCUGUAAAAGAAAAUCUUCAGGUUUGUCAAAUUGAACUUGGUUUUCAACGUAAUGAAAUUCAACAGAUAGUGUGUAAAACUCCCAAGAUUUUAACUGCAAGUAAAAAGAGACUCAAACAGACAUUUGACUACUUACACAACAUAAUGGGCAUUCCCCACCACAUGCUUACUCGCUUUCCUCAGGUUUUCAACUCAAAGCUAUUACGAAUCAGAGAGAGGCAUAUGUUUCUUGCCUUCUUGGGAAGAGCCCAGUAUGACCCAGCCCAGCCCAGCUACAUCUCCCUGGAUCAGCUGGUAUCCCUGCCCGAUGAGGUGUUUUGUACAGAGAUUGCCAAAGCCUCUAUGCAGGACUUUGAAAAUUUCUUAAAAACACUUUGAUUAGUAACACAUGUAAAAAAUUAUAGAAUUAAGUUGCAAAAUAAAGAUACUUUAUAAAACUACUUCCCUUUAAGGUCUCUUAACUUUUUAAUUACUGGUUUAAGAAGUCAUUGUUUAUGAAGCGUGUAGGAUUUAAAGGAUUACAGUAAUACUUAUAGUAGCCUAAAAAUGUAUUUCAGAAGGAUUGAGCCAAUAUGUUGAUUGCUACUAAUGCAAGCCUUGUAAUUAAUCACCAACUUAAUUCAGAGUGGAUGAUGCAGCACAUUAACAGAAAGGUAAAUUCAAAUUCCUCUUUUUUUCUUUUGAUAAUGGCAGAAUUUUGGGAGAUAGGGAAUAAGUCACGAGCCAGUUUUCCAGUCUUGCCCUCUGUUAUCUUCUCCUUUCACUCUCUUGCCCAAAAGUUAGAAUAGCAAGAUAGUGUGAUAGUGAAGUAAUGUGUUUACUUGCUUGAGCUAAUAGUAAUAAUGUUAUUCUUUCCCUUGUAUGGUGGAAAGAAUCACACCAUUAAUAUGUGAAGCUCCUCAUACAAAAAGGCAUUUUAUCAAUAGGUUACAAAGGUGUUUCUUGCCAAAGCUGGCCGCUGAAAUUGGAAUCCUGAAAGCUGGUUAGAAAAGUCAAAAAAACCCGCAGCAAAUGGAAUUUAGGAAAAUUAUAAAAAGAAAAAAAAUAAAGAUGUUACUAUCCCUGAAAUCUAGAAGAACUUUAUUUUAGUUACUUUUCUUUUCCCCGUGUUCAGUUUUUCUCCCCCCCACACCAAGGAGAUUCAUGUGGCUUUAAUACACAAGUAACCAUGUGAAAAGAGGCUAUAGUAUAUAUUAACGUGAUAAGAGUUGGUCAGUUGUAAAAGCUGGAGUAAAUUCUGACAUUGGGCAUCAUGGGAAUAUUGAAAAUACUUAAACUUAUCAUUAAACAAAGCAUGUUAAUAUGGAAUUAUCAAAUGCUUCACAGUGUAUUUGUGAAACAAAUUUCCAAACAAAACAAAAAAGCUGCCUAAAU